AGGUGGCCCGUAAUGGAACUUGUCCUUUGUUAUAUUGACAUCUAGCUACAUAACAAAUAUCAAAUAUGAUAAUGAUCCAGGCAUGGCUUUUGGACCACAAAGACACAUGUAGACAGACACAGAAAUAACACCUAAAACAUAACCAGUCCUUCUUGGCAAAGGUAAAAAAAAUAUGGCAUCUACUCAGCUGCUGCAUUAAUGAGAAAAUGAUAAAUGCUCUCCAUCCACUGAAUGAACUAUGCAGGAGAUAUACUUGUGUACAUAUAAUCUUACAUAGUUACACAUGAUGUAUUAGAAAUGGAACUUUAGACGUGACAUAUAAAGCUGAUCAUAAAACCACGGUAAUAAUAAAUUGCUUUUACAUGUAUCAUUUUCUCACAAUUAUUCAAUUCUAGAAAUAUCGACAUGGCUAAACAGUCAAGCUUUAGAAACAAGAUGAAGCCAAAAGAAUGGGACAUGGUGGGGAAAAGAACUCUCUUGACACUGGACUUGUCUCGUGAAGAUUAUAGCCAUAUAGAACCUCUGGCUCAACUACCCGAGGAAGUUUUUGAACUUAAGGAAUUGGAGGCUUUGGAUUUGACAAACAACACGAACAUUGAUCUCUCCGAUCAGCUGACCAAACUGACCAAUCUAAAACUGUUGUGUUUAGAUAAAUGCGGCCUUAAAACAGUUCCCGCUGCCGUGAUGAAACUUCCGCAGUUAGAAAUGCUGAUCCUCAGUAACAACAAGAACAUCACCCUGCCGGAUGAGAUGUCUGGUCUCACCAACCUCACGGUCCUGGACUUAAAACGCUGUAACCUGGACACAAUACUGCCUGUAGUGCUGAAACUGUCAAACCUACAAUGGCUGGAUCUAAGUGCGGGCGGGAAGUCAAUGUUGAAAAUCUCCCUACCAGAUGAGUUGUCUAAACUGAACAAGUUGAAAGUGUUGAGACUACGUUACUGUAAGCUGGACACCGUCCCCCCGGCAGUACUGAAACUCCCCCAGCUGGAGGAACUGGACCUCAGCGGGAACAGCGGGAUCCACCUGCCGGAUGGGCUGGCCGGGCUCACCAACCUCCGGGUACUGAAACUAGCGGGAACAGGCAUGGAGACAGUUCCUCCGGUAGUGUGGAGACUGACACAGUUAGAAUGGCUGGACCUGCGCCGUAACCAACUACAGACGUUACCCGUGGAAAUCGGACAGCUCACUAAUGUCAAACACUUAGAUCUGCCCGGGUGCGAGCUGCGCACACUCCCACCUGAAGUGUGGAGACUUACACAGUUAGAAUGGCUGGACCUGCGCCGUAACCAACUACAGACGUUACCCGUGGAAAUCGGACAGCUCACUAAUGUCAAACACUUGGAUCUGUCCCGGUGCAUGCUGCGCACACUCCCACCUGAAGUGUGGAGAUUGACACAGUUAGAAUGGCUGGACCUCAGCGAUAACGAACUACAGACGUUACCCGCGGAAAUCGGACAGCUCGCUAACGUCAAACACUUGAAUCUGUCCAACUGCAAGCUGCACACACUCCCACCUGGAGUGUGGAGGCUGACACAGUUAGAAAGGCUGGACCUGAGCAGUAACCAACUACAGACGUUACCCGCGGAAAUCGGACAGCUCACUAAUGUCAAACACUUGGAUCUGUCCAGGUGCAAGCUGCGCACACUCCCACCUGAAGUGGGGGGACUGACACAGUUAAAAGAGCUGAACCUGAGGCGUAACCACCUACAGACGUUACCCGCGGAAAUCGGGCAGCUCACUAAUGUCAAACACUUGGAUCUGUCCUGGUGCAUUAAGCUGCGCACACUCCCACCUGAAGUGGGGGGACUGACACAGUUAAAAGAGCUGGACCUGCGCUUUAACGACCUACAGACGUUACCCGCGGAAAUCGGACAGCUCAGUAGCUUACGUCACCUUCACGUCAUUAGCAACCCACUUAUAAAACCACCAGUUGAGGUUUGCCGUCAGGGGAUCGCUGCUGUCAGACAGUACUUUGAGGAACUUGAACGCUCAGAAGAAAAGAUUAGGACUCAUUUGAAAGUUGUUGUCUUGGGAGAGAAAAUGGCGGGAAAAACAAGCCUGGUACAGACGCUAGACAAGGGCGAGUCCACCCUGACAAAUGUAGAGGACCGCACACACUGUGUAGAGAUAACUCAGUGGGCACCUGAUGACAACAUCACAUUUGAAGUGUACGACUUUGGCGGCCAUGACGUGUACCAUCUCACUCAUCAGUUCUUCCUGACUCCAGAUGCCUUUUACCUGUUAUUAGUGAACCUUCACACAUACAGCUGCAGUGAAGAGAGGUACACAGAAGCCGUGGGGUUCUGGUUGGACACACUGAACGCCCGCGUGCCGGGGGCGGUGGUUACAAUAGUAGGGAGUAAGAUGGACAAGUGUAGAGAGGCAGAAAUAAAUGAUAAAGUGAAGGACCUCCAAAGAAAAUCUAAAGAUCAGAUUGAAACAUGGAAAAGUAAUACAGAGCGCCAAAUAAAGAAACUCAAGACAAGAGAGCCCCAAAGCGAGGAGGAACAAAGGGAAAUAGAGCGGCAGUUAGAACGCACACAACGCCUCCUGGAUCACCCAUUGCGACUGAUCGGAAUGUACUGCAUCAGUUCGGCAGAACCAGCAUCUGGGUUGGACACGCUAAAGAAUCACAUACUGGAAUCGGCCAAUGAUACCAAGCUGUUUCCUACGCUUAGAAAGAUCCUCCCGCGGACAUGGGUGGAGUUUGAACAGAAAGUUUACGGGCUACUUGACAAGGGAACAGAGGAACUGGAAAUCACUAGAGGUGAGGGCGAUAAAUCGUCAACUGAGAACAACGACUCAACAACUGACAAGAAACAAGUGACAAGAAACCAGAAGUGGAUAACGCAAAGCGACUGUUUGGAGCUCACAGAUCUCCCGGCGGACAGACUGGAGCAAGUCCUGUCUUACCUGCAGCAGGUGGGAACCAUCCUCAGGUACACGGACAUACCGGAACUCAAGGACUACGUCUUCCAUGAUCCUCCUGCCUUGAUUGAAAUCUUCAAGGAUCUGUUCCAUCACAACAUCGAGGAACUUUUCAAAACGCCCAGAGUAAAGAAUGCUGAUUAUAAUCGCACACAGCUCAAGGGUUUUCAGCAGGAUCUGCGUGACUGUGGACUGAUCCAGAAGAAGGUGAUGACAUACAUGCUACCACCCAACAUCGAUCAUGACAUUGUUACAGCUCUGAUGAAGCAUUUUGGCCUCUGCUUUGAGUUGAAAGCCAAAGACAAAACAGACGUGUGUCAGUACCGAAUACCUUGGUACCUGCAGAAACAAAUGCCAGAGGAGAUUAAGAGUGUCUGGCCAGAAGACGUACCAGAAGAUCAGGAGCAGCUGCAGCUGAUGUGCAACAUCACAGGAUUCUGUCCCCGGGGACUGUUUCAGAGGUUCAGUGUUGGGAUCCAUCCACUUGUCAAGGACAGGGUAGACUGGAAAGAUGGAGUCAUGGCCUACCGACAGGACUACCCCGUACUCGUGUGUUCCAAACCUGUUGAAGACGACACUUACAUCACCAUGGCAACCAGAGGCGGGCUUGCCCAGGCAGGUGAGAUGUGGGGCGUGGUCCACCCACUGCUGGAGGUGCUGGUCCAGCUGCUGCAGGAGUGGCCAGGUGUGCUGUACUCCCUCCACGUCACCUGUGCGCACUGCAUCAAGGCAGGACAGGAGGAGCCAUGGCAGUUUGACCUGAGGGACCGGACAGCAGAGGACAGCCGUGACGUCAGGUGUCCCGAGGUGAAGAAGACAGCAUCAACGUCAGCAGAACUUGUGUACAGACCAGCCAGACUAUCACCCCCGACUCAAGUGAAACCGUCUCAACAAGAAAAUGACUCCUACAAGAUGACCUCCGACCCACGUGGCGUCGCGCUGAUCAUCAGCAACACCGACUUUACGGACUCGACAAGAAACAGGCCGGGAGGAGCGAAGGACCUGGACAACCUCAGGAAGAUUUGUGGGAAACUCAAGCUGCAACAGGAGAUCAAACAGAACCUUACAGCACAGGAAAUUGCAGCUGUAACAAAGGACGUCUCCAAGAGAGAUCACAGCAGCUACGACUGCUUCGUGCUGUUCCUGCUGUCCCAUGGCGCAGAGACAGGCGUGUUGGGCACAGACGGAGAGCACGUGUCUGUGGACAGCAUCAUUUCUAGUUUCCAGGCCUGCAAGAGUCUCGUGGGGAAGCCGAAACUUUUCUUCAUUCAGGCCUGCAGAGGAGGAGACAGGGACAAGGGACUGGAACAAACAGACUCGGCCACAGAUGAAGCAAGCAGCGUCUCCCAAACCGGGACAGAAGCAUCCGAUGGAGGUACUGAGGCCACUGCGUCACAGCCUCCUCCAACAGCCCCACCUCCAGCCCCUGUGGAGAGUCCUGAUGCCGGAGAGGGAACCUUACCAACAGCGAGCGACCGGCUGGUCAUGUACGCUACAGUACAUGGUCACGUGUCCUGGAGGAACUCCAAUACAGGCACGUGGUUGGUCGAGGCCCUCGCUGACGUCAUCACUGAACAUGCCGACACGGAGGAACUACAAGAUAUGCUCAGGAUGGUAAACGCCAAAGUGGCAGACUUCAAGACUGAGACCCACGAGCACGAGUACAAGCAGCAGCCAGAAAUAACGCACACCUUACGCAAGAGGCUCUACUUCUUCCCAAGUAGUUUGCCUGAAAGUUCCCAUCAACCCCAGCACUACGAUGCGCCUGAUCAAGUGACGCCAAAAGGUGGAAACAAUGAAACUGCGGGGACGCCAGCAGUUGAUUGGAAGAAAUACUUCAAGACAGUCAUCACCAACGUGCCACAUAGGUGGGAUGACUUGGCUGAAGAACUUGGGUUUAAGCGAGGCGAGAGAAAAGCAAUGAAAUCAGACAUCCAUGACUCCUGUGGCAGGUGCAAAGAAGUGCUUGAAAGGUGGAGGGCAAAAAAAGGAAAGGAAGCAACUAUACAAGUUUUGAAGCAAGCCCUCAUCGACAUCGACGAAAAGCUAACAGCAGACAGCUUAGGAGACUGUGCUGUGCAGCAUGAGAGCAACAUGUGA